AUGCCUUCGCUUGACCAGAUACUUUGUCCUGAUUUAAUGAAAGGACCUGAUCGUAACAUUCUUGAUGACAAAUGCGAUAGUAUAUUAUCUGAUUCCAAUACCAAACACAACUCGAGGAGAUGCAAUAUACCUGACUGUCACAAGACUGCGAAGCGGGGAGGACGGUGUAUCUCGCAUGGAGGUGGCAACAAAUGUACUAUUGAUGGUUGCAAUACAAGCGUUGUCAGUCGUGGGCUAUGUGUGACUCACGGAGGUGGAAAACGCUGUCAGACUCAGGAAUGUACCAAGAGUGCUCAAUCUGGAGGCUUUUGUUGGGUCCACGGAGGAGGCAAGAAGUGUGGCUACGAUGGAUGUUCUAAGCGUGCUCAGAGCGGUGGUGCUUGUAUAGCUCAUGGAGGAGGCAAACGAUGUCGAGUCAAUAGGUGCAACAAGGUGGUACAAUACGACGGACUUUGUGUUAGACACGGUGGAUAUCGCAGAUGUACCCAUGAGAGAUGCGACCGACGCGCAAUGGCUAAUGACUAUUGUCAGCAACAUGGUGGAUCUUCUAUUUGUAAACUUGAACACUGUUGCAAACGUGCUGUACGUGGUGGAAUGUGCUCCCGACAUAAAGGCGAAGCGUCGUUACAAGCAGCCCCAAGCAAAUUAUCGGGAGACGAAGAUUAUGAUCGGAAUCUGGAUACUUUGUACACUCCAGACUCUCCUUGGCGAACUGGAUCAGACUUGUUUGUACACACGAAAAAUUCGCCAGAGUCCCACACACAGAAUACGUCUAAUCAGCUGUAUGAUAGCGUUAAAGCUUGCUCUUCACCUCUAAUUCGACCAAGUCUUCAGCAUGAUAGUACGAGCAGUGUCGCCUCCAGAGCAUCCGGAUUUCUAGCUCUUCUAAGUGCUAAUGACCAGUUCCCCAGAAGUGCAAAUGGCCAAUUUUCUAAUACCACGAUCGAAACAUCUAACUUGAACGCAGGGAGCUAUCAUCAAUCCCAGAAUACAGAGCAUCGGACACCACCGAACGUCCUUCCUGUGCUGCCAAGCAUCAAAGCGUUGCAGAAUUUCUGCAGUAAAGUUUCUGAUAACAGUCCCUGCAUGGCACUUAAUUCACCGAUCACGAUUCAUCCUUUCAGAUCGAACCAACAAUUUCUGGCUUCUUAUCAAAAUCGAGAGAAGCAACCAUUGCCUAGCAACAUGGACAUUCGAAGAGGAGAAGAAUUUAGAUUUCAUUUGGACUCUUACCAUCAGAAAAACAAUAGUGGAAUUCUAUUGGGCUCUACAUCCUUAACUCGUCGACAGGAGUUGGGCAGAUAA